AUGGAGGAGGUAGUCACCCCAAUGGGGGAGGCAGCCCCCCCAAUGGAGGAAGCCGCAGCCACCGCAGUGGAGGAGGCAGCCGCGUCGAUGGAGGAAGCUUCCCUGGACGCGGAGCCACCCCACCCCGGCAGGUACGACCACCUGUCGAGGGAAGCGCAGGAGUACUACGUGGGCGUGCCGUACAGCUGGGAAUACGUGGAGGGCAGCAGGGGGUGGUUCAUCAUCGAAACGAGCAAAGGGUAUAAAUUCUACUUUAACAAAAAAACGAGCGAAAAGACGUGGAAGUGCCCCAAGGAGGUAGAAAUCCUGGUGAAUAAAAAGCAAACCGAUCAGCUAGUUGGCAACUCGGUGGGGAGAAGCCCCACAGGGGGGUAUUAUCCCCUUGGAGUGACUGCAACUGACGCAGACGCAGGGGGUACCACCUCAAGUGGUUUAGCCAACGGAGCAAGGGGGCAAAGUAGUCAAGAGGAAAAAAACUUGGAAAAAAUCCUCAAGGAUUAUAAAAACCUUCUCAUCGAAAAAAACAUGGACCAGUUUUGCAAAUAUGAAAACGUCUUGGCCCACCUCCUCUACGAUGAAAGGUACCUGAGAGUACCAAAGGAAAUGAGGAAGGAAUGCUUCACCAAACUUGUAAAAGAAAUUGAUCAUGACAGAAGAAGAGAGCUCAAAAUGUUGGUAGAGAAUUUCCAAAGUUUGCUGUGUAAAGUGGAAGGUAAAAUUGGGUACCCCUUUGAAGAGGCAGACGCGAUAUCCAUUUUGAGGGGUGAAAAAGCAUUCGAAGGGAGUGGCACAAAAAAUUGGAGUGCCACAAGGAGCAAACUGUUAAGGGAAUUUUUACAAAAGAAAAAAAAAAACACGGAAAAAGAAACGGAAGAAAAAUUGGAACAAGCUUUUCUUAACUCCUUGAGGGGGGAAAGUCCAGGGGAGUGGUUUAAAAUAAAAAAUAAUUUACUACGAAGUGGAAAGUAUGACAUUUUAUCCUUUGAGAAAAAAACGCACAUCUUUCAGAGUGUAAGUCAGAAGUUGUUGGCCAAGCGGAGGGGCGAAAGUCGGCAUGCCGACUCCCUCUCAGGUGUGCGGUCAGCCCAUCGUCCCGGUGCUACUACCGACGAGAGGAACCUUUUUGUGAGUCUCCUGCAUGAGAAGAUAAAACACCCCGUUAUAGAUGAAACCAUUUUGAAGCAUGACCCGUUUGCGGCCAAAACGUACCACUCCUUUGAAGAGGCCCUGCAAAUUCCUCCCGACCUCUUAACAGACGAGAGGUACAAAAAGGUGCGCCUAACAGAUGUAGACAAAUUUGACUUGUAUAAAGAAUUUAUUAAAGACUACAUAAAUAUGAAGAGAGAUACGUUCGAAAAAAUUCUGCACGAACUGCCAAUCAACCAUAUGAACGACUCUGUGGAUGACGUGCUGAGGCUGGUCGACAAGAGUGGCAAAAUUUUUAAGUCCCUACCAGCAGUGCAUUUGGAAAAGGUUUUCUCAAAAUGGAAAAGUUACAAAAUUAAGGAGGCCAAAAAAAUGUUCGCAGAUUUUUUGAAGAAGUCCAAUUGGGUUAAGCACGACUCGGAUGAGCGCGCGAACUACGAGGCGCUCCUCAAGCGGCUGUCGCAGGACGUCAGCUACCAACGACUCAAGUGCGUGCCCGAGGACAGGGAAGAAAUGGUGAAGACGCGCAUAGGCGAGCUAAAGGAAGAGCACAAGAAGAACAAGAACUUAGCAGAAAGGUUGAACCGUUGA